AUGAACAAAUCCGUUAGUGAUGCGCCAAAUAAGGCAGAAGAAACCUAUCAACUCCUUGAACAACUCGACCAUAUACUUAAACGCCCUGAAACAUAUAUUGGCUCAAACAGACCAUGUCGCGAAGAAAUGUGGACUGUUGACGAAUCAGGAAUAGAAGGUCCGAGAAUUGUUAAAAAAGAAAUAACCUAUGUUCCUGGUCUCUACAAAAUAUUCGAUGAAAUUCUUGUUAAUGCUGCCGAUAAUAAACAACGUGAUAAAACCAUGUCAUCCAUCGAAGUUGAUAUUAAUCAAGAAAAAGGUGAAAUAAAAAUUUGUAAUGAUGGUCGUGGUAUUCCUGUUCGUAAAUGGGCACAAGAUGAAUCUAUUUACAUUCCAACAUUAAUAUUCGGCAAACUUCUUACAUCAGAUAAUUUUAAUGACGAUCAAAAACGAAUCACCGGUGGUCGAAAUGGUUAUGGUGCAAAAGUAACAAAUAUUUUCAGUAAGAAAUUUACCAUUGAAACAUGUUCGAAAGAAUUUAAAAAAAUAUUCAAACAAACUUGGACAAAUAAUAUGCGUGAUCCACAAGAUGCCGUCAUUACUAAGGCUGAAGGUUCGAAAGAAUUUACUCGUAUUACAUUUGUACCAGAUUUAAAACGAUUUCAACUGGACACAUUAGAUGAUGAUCAUGUUGCGUUAUUUAAACGUCGUGCUUAUGAUGUUGCUGUAUCUACUGGUUGUAAAGUAACACUCAAUGGUCAACGUAUUCAAGUUAAAACCAUGAAAGAUUAUAUGUUAAUGUAUGUUGAUGUUGAUGAAAAAGAAGUUGUUUAUAAAAAAGUCAAUGAUCGUUGGGAAAUUGGUAUUGCUAAAAAUGAUCAUAAUAAUGGUUUUACACAAGUUAGUUUUGUUAAUUCAAUUUUAACAUCAGAAGGUGGUAAACAUGUUGAUUAUAUAACUGAACAAAUUUGUCCUAAACUUGUUGAACAGAUAAAGAAGAAAAGUAAAGCUGCUGCUGAAAACCUUAAACCAGCGCAAGUUAAAAAUCAUUUAUUUCUUUUUGUUAAUUGUUUAAUUGAAAAUCCUGAAUUUGAAUCUCAAGCAAAAAAACAAUUGGCAACUGAAAAAAAGAAUUUCGGUUCAACAUGUUUAAUAAAGAGCGAUGAAAAUUUUCUUAAAGAUAUAGUAAAGAAAACUGGCAUCGUUGAGUCUGUUAUUAAUUGGCUUGAACAUCGACAAGAUGCAAAAUUACAUAAACAAAGUGGCACUAAAACAUCUAAAUUAAAGGGUAUUCCAAAAUUGGAUGAUGCAAACGAUGCUGGUACUAAAAAUUCUGUUAAUUGCACUUUAAUUGUAACUGAAGGAGACUCAGCUAAAGCAUUGGCUGUUGCUGGUCUUGGAGUUAUUGGUCGUGACCGUUAUGGUGUUUAUCCUUUGAAAGGUAAACUUUUAAAUGUACGUGAAGCAACAACAAAAAAAAUGACGGAAAAUAGUGAAAUAUCACAAUUAGUAAAAAUUCUUGGUUUAAAUUAUGGUGAAAAAUAUGUAAACAAGAGCGAUUUAUCAAAAUUACGAUAUGGAAAAUUGAUGAUUAUGGCUGAUCAAGAUCAAGAUGGAAGUCAUAUCAAAGGUCUUGUUAUUAAUUUUAUUCAUUACAAAUGGCCUAACUUGCUUAAACAUGAUUAUAUUGAAGUUUUCAUUACUCCAAUUCUUAAAGUAUCAAAAGGUUCUGAAGUUAUUUCAUUUUAUUCAAUGCCUGAAUUUGAACAAUGGCAAGCAGCAACAACAAACUGGCAAAAAUGGAAAUGCAAAUACUACAAAGGUUUGGGUACAUCGACAGCAAAAGAAGCCAAAGAAUAUUUUUCAAAUAUGGAACGUCAUCGUAUUUUAUUCAAAUAUGAAUCAACGAAAGAUGAUCUCGCUAUACAAUUAGCAUUUAAUAGUGCAUUGAGUGAUGAUCGUAAAGAUUGGAUUAAAUGGCACACUGAAGAUGUUAAUCAACGACGUGAACAAAAUUUACCUGCUGAUUAUUUAUAUCGAAUAGAUACAAAACAGAUUAAUUUCAAUGACUUCGUUAAUAAAGAACUAGUUCUUUUUUCGAAGUCAAGUACAGAGCGUGCAAUUCCAAAUGUUAUGGAUGGUCUUAAACCUGGUCAACGUAAAAUUAUGUUUGUAUGCUUCACUAAAAAUAUAGUUCGGGAAAUCAAAGUAGCACAAUUAGGUGGUAAGGUAGCUGAAAAUUCAGCAUAUCAUCACGGUGAACAAUCGUUAACAAAUACAAUUGUUGGUCUCGCACAAAAUUUCGUUGGUUCAAAUAACAUUAAUUUUCUUGUACCGGCUGGUCAAUUCGGUACACGUUUACAUGGUGGUAGUGAUGCUGCUUCAGCUCGUUAUAUUUUUACUCGACUUAGUCCACUUGCAUUAUCGUUGUUCAGUAAAAAUGAUGAACCAUUAUUAACAUACUUGAAUGAAGAUGGUAUGGGUAUUGAACCUGAAUGGUAUUGUCCAAUAAUUCCAACUGUUCUUGUCAAUGGUGCACACGGUGUUGGUACAGGUUAUUCAACUGAUAUACCAUCUUAUAAUCCAUUAACAUUGAGUAAUAAUAUGAAAUAUUUUAUUCGACAAGAACGUGAAAGACGACGUCAACUUAAUAAUCCAACAAGUGAACCAAUAAAAUACUCUGAUGUUAUUACAUUAAAAGAAUUAAUACCAUGGUUUAAAAAUUUUACUGGCGAAAUUAAAUUGUUAGAUAAUGAUCGUACACGUGGUGUUACUAAUGGUGUUUGUGCUAAACUUGAUGACACAACCUUUGAAAUAACAGAUCUACCUGUUGGUACAUGGACACAAAAUUAUAAAGAAACCGUACUCGAAGAAAUGCUUCAUCCGAAAAAAAAUGAUAGAGCACCAAGUAUUAUGGAUUAUAAAGAAUAUCAUACGGAUACGACUGUUCGCUUUGUUGUAAAAUUAUCAAAAGAACAAUUUGCUAAAUUUCAAGAAGCUGGCCUUCAUAAAAGUUUCCGUUUACAAGAUACAUUUAAACUAACUAAUAUGGUACUUUUUGAUCAUAAUGGUAUUUUACGUCGUUAUAAAACCGCUGAAGAAAUUGCUGCAGAGUUCUUUAUGGUUCGUCUUCAAAUGUAUGAUAAACGAAAAGAAUAUAUGGUUGGUACAUUGAAAUCACAAUGUUCAAAAUUAGAUAAUGUAGCAAGAUUCAUUAAAGAAAAAAUUGAAAAUGUUAUUAGCGUUGAAAAUAAGAAAAUCAGUGCUGUUAUUGAUAUGCUUGUUGAACGAAAAUAUGCUCGAGAUCCAGAAAGAGUUUGGCGUGAAGAAGCAAGAAAAAAAUUUGCUAUUGAACUUGCUACACAUGCUGUUCAUGAAGAUACAGAUCAAUUAGGAGAUUUACAACAAAAACAAGAGGAUGAAGACAACGAUGAUUUAGACGACGAUGAUACUACUAAAAGUAAAAAGCCGAAAGCAACAACAUCAACACAUCAAGUUGAUACAAGUUAUUAUGAUUAUUUAAUAAAUAUGUCUCUACGUAAUUUAACAAAAGAACGUCGAGAUGAUAUCCUUAAAGAACAAAAAGAAAAACAUGCUAAACUUGAUGCUUUAGAAAAAAAAUCUCCUGAAGACUUAUACGAAGAUGAUAUUUUAAAUUUUGAAGCUGAAUAUCGAAAAACAAUGGAAAAAGAACGUGUUGAUGAAAUGUCUGGAGUUGCACAUCCUACAACAAAGAAAGCAGGUGGUGACAACAAAGCUCGUAAACGACAAACAACGAAACCACAGCGUGCUGAAACAAGACCAGCUCCAAACGGUCAACGUAUAGCACCAGUUAUUGAUCCUGCAUUAGUGAAAAAAGCCAAUGAAGAAAUUCUCAAACGUAGUAAAGAAGAAAAGACUGUUGAAGAUAAAAAAUCCAUUAUCGAAUAUCUUACUAAGGAAGGUGUUUCAGCAGAAGAUAUAACUUCCAUUAUGCAAACACGUUGUAGAGAAAAGAAGAAGAUUGGCGGUGUUACAGAAAAGAAAGCAAGUGAAAGCAAAGAGAAAAAAUUAAAUGGUACCAUUGAUGAAAAUAAUGAGAAUAGUAAUGCAUCAAUGAUGUCUGUUGAUGGUCAUGAUAAUUCAGGUGUAGUUAAAGAAGAAGUAUCACCAAAACGAAAUGCAAAGCGUACAGCAAAAGAAAAAGUUACAAAAUAUGAUGCAGAUAAUGAUGUUGAUGAAGAAGAUGAAAGUUUUAUACGUGGAAUGCAAUCUGAUGAUAAUGAAUCCGAUUAUAUGGGUAGUGAUUCAGAGACCGAAAAAAAACUUAAAAAAGCAAUUACUAAACCAAAACAGAUUCGAAAGCCUAAAUCAGCUACAUCUAAUAAUGCAUCAACUCCCAUUAAGAAGAAGGCAACUGCUAAGAAAAACUCAUUAGAUGUUUCGACGGAUGACAAUCAAAAGAAUGAUGAAUCAUCACCAAAGAAGAAAACAGAUAAACCGAAAAAGCCUACAGUUAAAAAAGAGUCAGAUGCAACGAAAAAAAAAGAAACUAUCAAAAAAGAACCCAAAAAGGCAGUCAAAAGACCUAAACCAUCUGAUAGUGAUGAAGAGGAUAUUCCGAUUUUAUCGAAUACACCAACACCGACAAAAAAAUCCCGUACGCAACGUACAGUCGCUGCUAAAAAAAGUUAUCAUAUCUCCGAUGAUGAAGAUAUGGAUGAUGAAGAUUAUGAAUAA